AUGGCCGGUCAGAUAAUCAGGCUUCUCCAGCAGCUAGUCAACCGCAUCUGCAAGGCCAUCAGGGAGCGGGUCACCUCCAUUUCUGAAUUCAUCCUCGACGCUCCGCGCGAGUCCAUGAUCCUCGCCAUGAUAUGGACCAUCUACCUAUGCGUAGGAGCCAGCUGCCUCGCCAUGGGAGCGGCAUUGUACACGGGUCUUGUCGUCGACCCGCCAACCUCUUCUCGCAAGAUUGACCUCGCCGCGCUGCAGGACCUCGGGGUCUUGCUGACGUUUCUAUCCAGCCUGACCGGCGCCAUCUCGCCAUCCUCGCCUUUGGCAUAG